UCUCCACAUCGUCAAACAAUAUUAGCGAUCGCAUAUGCUCUAGUGCUAAUUCCUGUGCUGCUUAUCACUAUUCCCGCAGUGAUCGUUGCAUUUUCUGGGACAAUACGUUUGGGUGCAAGUGACAAGUAUCCAUCAAAAAGGCCGUUGAUUUGUAAUUUUGGCGGUUAUUUGGGUUUAUUUGCAGUCGCUGCUGCCUUUUUCACCGGAUGGAUUGUGAUGCUUGUUGCUAGGUAA